GGAAUUUCGGGAUAAGAUUUUGAAUUUCCCCAUACAACAGAGCAUGAAGUUUCUGAAUGUUCUUCUUAUCGGGCAAGCAUCCUCUGGGAAAUCGUCGUUCAUAAAUACCUGUGCAACAGCUCUACUAGACGAGAAUAGAAUUGUGACAAAAGUUGCAGUAUUGGAACCAAUGUCUAGCGGUGUUACAACUGAUUUUUGCGCAAAACCACUCAAGAUAAAUGAAGAGAGGUUUCUCCCUGUUCGACUAUUUGACUGUAGAGGUCUACAUUCCCUAAAUGGAAUACACGAUGACGAUAUAAUCAAGAUAUGUGAAGGGAAUAUAAAAAGUGGAUAUAAGUUUGAUCCUGCCAGAUCUAUUUCGACAGAUCAUGACAAAUUUCGAAAGGAACCAUCGUUGUCAGACAAAAUGCAUUGUGUUGUGUAUGUUGCUGCCGCGGAUAUCCCGAAGGAGAUGUUGGCAGAUGCAAAAGCAGCUGACCAGUUGAAAACAUUGAGAAUGUACUUAUCGGGGGAGAAUAUUUCACAGCUCCUGCUUUUGAAUAAAAUUGAUCGCCUCGGAAUUAAAAAUAUCAACACCAUAUUUAAGAAUAGAAUGGUAAAAGAAACCUGCGAAGGAGCAAAGGAGUUUAUGGAUAUGCCGAUGGGAAAUAUUCUUCCGAUGAUCAAUUAUGCUGAUGACGUAUUACCAGUGGAUAUGAAAGAUUUUUUAGCGCUUUAUUCUUUGUGGCAAAUGAUGAAUAAAGCUUAUGACUAUGUCACUGCCCAGUUAGAUAUUCCAGAUGGAUUCUAUGAUUAAUCAAUUGUUAAUCGCACAAAAACUUGUCAAUAUAGCAUUCAUCUGUUUCCAUCACUUAUUAAAUUA